UAAAAAGCAGACCUGCUGAAUCUUUGGUAAACUGUCCACUAGACUUCUCCAGGCAGUUCCUUCUAGACCUGGGGACCUACGCCCGAGGACCUUAGACUGAUGGGUGCCCAGCUCUGCUUCGAGGCCAACGCCAAGGCGCCCGCAGCGGCACUUCGCUUCCAUGCCGAGACCAAGGGCGCGCAGGUGCGUCUGGACACGCGUGGCUGCACCGCGCACAGGCGCGCCACGUUCCACGACGGCAUCGUGUUCAGCCAGCGGCCCGUGCGCCUGGGCGAGCGCGUGGCGCUGCGCCUUCUGCGGGAGGAGAGCGGCUGGUGCGGCGGCCUCCGCGUGGGCUUCACGCGCCUGGACCCCGCGUGCGUGUCCGUGCCCAGCCUGCCGCCCUUCGUGUGCCCCGACCUGGAGGAGCAGAGCCCGACGUGGGCGGCCGUACUGCCUGAGGGCUGCGCGCUCGUGGGGGACGUGGUCCGCUUCUGGGUGGACCGCCGCGGCCGCCUCUUCGCCAAGGUCAACGCCGGCUGCAGGUUCCUGCUGCGUGAGGGUGUGCCCGUGGGCGCCCCGCUCUGGGCCGUGAUGGACGUGUACGGGACCACCAAGGCCAUCGAGCUGCUGGAUCCCACAGCCAGCCGGCUCCCAACAGCCAUGCCGUGGGACCUCAGCAACAAGGCUGUGGCUGAGCCCAAAGCCACACCAGGAGAAGAGUGUGCCAUCUGCUUCUAUCACGCUGCCAACACCUGCCUUGUGCCCUGUGGCCACACAUACUUCUGCAGAUGCUGCGCCUGGCGGGUCUUCAGGGAUACGGCCAAGUGCCCCGUGUGCCGCUGGCAGAUCGAGGCGGUAGCCCCCGCGCAGGGCCCUCCUGCUCUGAGGACUGAGGAAGGUUCACGAGAGGAGGCUUCCCAGUAUGAGUGGCAGCCCAGGCCUAGAUCUGAGUCCGGUCCCUGCAGGGGAAGGAGGCGCAGCGCUACCUUCUUUCUCGGGAAGAGUCAGAAGGGCUGAUUAGCAAGAGGUGCGGCAGAGAGAGGAAGUCAGGGAGGUGCUGUCUGCUCCCUCCACCUGUUUUGCAACAGGGCAGCAAGGAAAAACCCCUUUCUGUCCAUGCCAGAACUAUCCUUCUGAUGGGGUGCUUUGUUUAGAGACAGGGUGGCCCAAUCUCGGGUUUUAUAGCUGAGGGAGUUCAGGUAUCUGUCGCUGGUGAGGCCCUGUACCUCCUGGGUACUGAAGAACCUGGACUCGAAGCAGGAGGUAUCUACAUGGAAUGCGUCAAGUUCCACGUGGAAGCUGGGUUGCCUCCCACAAGUCCCCGGUAGAGUGGAUCUGUAGUUACCCGCCCUGCCUCCCUUUGAGGGUGGGCGCGAGGUCCCAGCGAGACCAGGCAUUUGAAGAUGAUUUAUAACGUGAAUGUGUAUUGUUGUCACUGUGGUAAUUUCCUUGCCAAUUUCUGAGAUAUCAAAAUAAAGUUUGUGUUUCCUGAAA